UUUCUGUAUAUAUAUAAUUUAUGAUAAAGUGUGAUAAUAUAAAUAUAUAUAUGUACGUGUGUGAAGACAGUGAAUUAAGAAUACACACUAAUUAGAAUAUAAGGUGAAAUCAUAGUUGAAAUAACAACGAUACCAAACAGAUGAGUCUAAUGAGUCAAAUGAAAUAAUCAUAUCAAUUUGAAAAAAACAAAAUGAAAAAAGAAAAUUCAAUGAUCAAUAAAAAAGAAGUAUUAAAACAAAUUAAAUCAACUUUAAUAAGAUGUAUGCAUUAUCCAGAGACAAGUAUAACUGCAUUUAAUAAUGAAUGUUUCAAUGAUAGUGAUGAUAAUAAUAACAAUGAAAAUGACGAUGAAGGUUAUGUAUUAUUCAAUCCAUUUAUUCAAACAACAACAGUUCAAGGUCAAAUAGCAUCUUUAGGCGAAUAUAUAUCAUGGAUAUUAGGAAAUGAAGCAGUAUUGGAAAAUAUGAAUUUAGAAUAUAAUAAAAUGCAUAAUCUUAUGCCUAGUAAUGCGGAUGAUGAUAAUAAAGGUGUAAAUUUUAACGUUACAAAUAGUUAUUGUCAUUCAAAGUCGAAUGUGUUAAGAGUUAACAUCAAUGAUCAAUAUAAUAUGAGCGAGGAAUCCAAGCAUAAAAGGAUUAAACCGAAACAGAAGCUGGAAACACAAAAGCCAGAAAAGUUAGUUCACUCGUCACUAUCACCCUCAAUGUCCUUAGUGUUUUCACACAAAACAAACAGUCAACGUGAUACAAUAUCAGGCUAUGCUAAUGACAUCAAAGUUAAUAGUAAAAGAAAGAAGGUAAAACGUAAGAAUUACACUACUCAUCAAAUUUUACAUGAUAAUAUAGACUUUCCAAUAUCAAACUAUUGGUAUUAUGAUAUGAAAUUAAAAACUAUGCAUAAAUCCAAGAGAUCCAAUGAGAAUUUGCUUGGAACAGUUAAAUAUGCACCAAUGAAGAAGACAAGUUCAGUGCAAAGAAAUAAACUUUAUCAUACAUGUACUUCAACUGUCUAAUGGGAUAUUUAGCCUAUGAUAUGUAUUAUGCAAUUGUAUUGAUAGUCAACAGGGUGGUUUUGAAGUUACAUGUUGUAAAAUAGAUUUGAAUGAUUUACUAAUUAAUAUAUGAGGCUAGUAAGUGUAUUAUUGCAUAUAUUUAAAGAAACGUUGUAUCCAUAGAG